AUGGCUAGUGAAAAAGAUGAUUCUCUUCAAGCAAUCAGCGUCAAAUUGCAUGGUGCUAAUUAUUUUUAUUGGGCCUAUGUUAUGAAGAACUUUCUAAUGGGAAAAGGAAUGUGGGGUUAUGUAUCUGGCGAUAUUGUUGUCCCAUCUGAUAAAAAAGCAGAAAAGUAUGCUGAUUUGUUGAGUACGUGGCAGAUGCAAAAUUCUAAAAUCAUCACUUGGAUCAAUAAUUCCGUGGACAUCUCGAUUGGUAUGCAACUUGCAAAAUUUGGUACAUCUAAGGAAAUUUGGGAACACUUAGAAAGAUUGUACAAGAGAUCCAACUUUGCUAAACGUUAUCAGUUAGAAAGUGAUCUUCGAGCCACCAAACAAGGAGAUAAAAGCAUUCAAGAUUUUUAUAAUGUUAUGACUGGACUUUGGGAUCAACUUGCACUGACUGAACCUUCUGGACUUAGCUCUAUUGAUCUUUAUUGUACAUACAGAGAAGAGCAGCGCCUUGUUCAAUUUCUCAUGGCUCUCCGAGAUGACUUUGAAGCACUUCGUGGUUCUAUUCUUCAUCGUAAUCCCCUUCCUUCUGUUGAUUCUGUUCUCAAUGAAUUAUUAGCUGAAGAGGUUCGCUUAACUUCCCAUGCUGGCACGGGUCUUCUUCCUUUGCCAAACCAGACAGUCUUUGCUGCCCAAUCUCGGUCCUUUCAUUCUUCACAAAAUAAGCCACGUCCUAGAGUUGCAGCUGAUGAAUGCGCCUUUUGCAAAGAAAAAGGUCAUUGGAAAUCUCAAUGUCCUGUACUCCUUAAUAAGAAGUCCCAACCACAGCAAGUCUUCCCACCCAAACGAUCUCCAACAGCUGCAGUUGUUUCAUCCCAUCGCGAAUCUUCCGCCAGUCCUACAGUUUGCCUUCCUCAUCUUCUUCAGGUAUAUCCCCAUCCACUUGGAUCUUUGACUCAGGCGCUACACAUCAUAUGA